CCCUUGGCCAUGCCGUCGUCAGAUGGCGACACGGGCGGUGUGGCCGACCGCUGCUCAUCGCCAUCAGUCGACACCUGGCCGUCACUCUUAGAGCUUGACACGCCAUUCUGCUGCUGUGGGUGGUCGUCAUCAGCCACAGGUCUCGAGGCCGAAAUGAGCGCCGGAGCGCCUGACAGACGCGCAAUGGAAUGCGUGUGUGUGUGUGUGUUGGUCAGCCGUCAAUACGUACCGCUUGUGCAUGGCUGCAUCUGGAUCAGCUGGGGAAGGUUGAAUGGCACGGGGACCGGCGGCGGGGCCGCCACACCAAAGCCGUCACCUGUCGGCGAGAGAGCACGCGAAUGAAUGCUGUGUCCCUGUUUGAUGUAGGCGUGUGUUACUUACGUCCAGCCGAUGGCGAGCAGUGGGUGAGGUCGAUCUUGCCGUCGUAGCCCAUCAUGCCUGCAGACACACACCCGACCCGACGAACCGAUCGACAGACACUACUUUGUCCUCUGUGGCGUGCGUGUGUGUGUGCGUCAGUAGUCAUCUUUACCGGGAUGCUGCUGGUGGUGGUGGUGCGAUGAAGUCGAUACACCGACAACCUCUCCAAAUGUGAGUCCACCAACUGACAGACAUCACACAUAGAGCCCUCUUCAUGCACCCACGGGCCCGAUACAAGGUCACUUAGUUACCUCUGCCCAU